CAGUCGGUACCGAGCCGCCGCUCAGAGCAGACGCGCUUGUCGCUGGUCUCUCCGUCUCUCCCCCGCACGAUCUCUCACAAUCGCGAUCGCCCGAGCCGCAGCCCUUCGCACAGGAUUACAGUGCAGUAGUGCCAGUAGUGCAGCGCCAGUGCAGUGCAAAGAGAAGCCCAUUUUGGAUUACCGCCGCAGCCGCAGCUCCUCGCCAGGACUCGCACUAGAUGCAGUUACAAAUGGGUGUCCAGACGGAGCUCAGGUCCUGGGAGUGGAAGACGUGCUUCGCGCCCUUCCCGGAGCCCGACCUGCCCAAAGAUCCUAGGUGUUGGUCGCGUUCCGACGUCGCCGCCUGGCUCCACUACAUGGCCAUGGUGCACCACCUGCCCUGUGUGCCCAUCGACCGCUUCCUCAUGAACGGCAAGGCCCUGUGCCUCAUGUCCAUGGACAUGUUCCUCGGGAGGGUGCCCCUCGGCGGCAAGCUCCUCUACAAGGACUUCCAGAUCCGGCUGGGACGCGCCAUGUACAACAGUUGAACAGACAUUACGAGUGUACGAGAGUGUGUAAAUCUGCGUGUGCGUGAAUGAGUGUAUGUGUUUUAAAGAAUAAGAGUUUGUAUGUCCAAUAAUAUUGAGUGAUAUAUAUAUAAUACGUACAAGCACUGUGUUGAGGUAGCACCAGGACUGUGAAAUCGACUAUAUUGUUGCAGAAUUAGAGUUCAGGAUAUUUUUUGUAAGCACUCCUCACAAUAGUUCAUUCGUUUUUAAGGGUCUGAGUGGUGCUAAAUUUUUCGGUGCUUUCUUCACAGUGCAUUUCUGAUUCGUGAUACUUCUAUGCCACUCGGCAACCACAAUUGAAACUUUGCGAGAGUUAGUUUAUUUUUGUAACUGUGGAUGUGGUUUCAUGUGAUAUGUAUAGAAAUCAACUUAUACAUUGUAGAACAGUUGACUAAAAUAUGUAUUUUAAGACGUUUAGAUAGAUUUGUGUAUUUUUGUACUAUAUAUCUGUAGAGAGCAAUCCAAUCUUAAAUUAUUUUUAGUACCAGGAUUUGAUGCACUGGCAGCUAAGGUACAUACAUAUCAGUAUAGUAUUGUGAAACUCCCUUUGAUAUCAGCCAUGAAAAAAAUUUUGGCUGAAAAGGAAGAAUCAUUGUGUAGAGGGCAUAAGCCCGUGUGUUUCAGGUGUGCAUCUAGUCAUUAAUUGAUACAUUAUAAUAUCAAGUUCUCAGUUUUAUGGGUGGAAAAUUAGGAGGUUCUCUAAAAUAUGGGGAGUAUGAUGAUGUAAGAAUAUUCUUCUCCAAGUGUCCUGUUAUAACUGUAUCAAGUGAACCUGAGUGACAUUUCUUGUUCACUGUGCUCAAACUGUAUGUUAGUUGCAUUAUGUGUGACUUAAUUGUAGAGAUUUAGAAAAAAGGAGUAAUUUAUUAAUUCUCUGCCUUCUUGUUGUAUAAAUUGUUUUCAGUAUUUAUGAGUUAUUUAACGUACAUGAUCAAAUACGCAUCUGUAUAUAUUUUUUCUAGUCAAUACAUGAAA